AUGAAAAGUAACACUGAAAAGGCGAACACAUGGAAGGAAAGGGAGACCCCGAACCCUGACAGAAGUGAGCCCGGAGACAGCAACGUUCCAGUCUACCCGCACUUCUACAGCAGAGGACAGAGAAUUCACCCAACCCUCCAACCCCGUUCCCCGUGUGUCCCCCCCUCGCCCCCGCCGGCCCAAAAGGGAGAGCUGGGUUUGAAGGAAGCUCUGACCCUAGACAGGGGACAUGCAAGAGAAGGAAGGCAGCGAUGUCCAACCUUCUACUUCUCUCAGGCAGUGAGCCGGCCAGGGCCCCUCCCGACGGUCUCCCGCAGGCCUACAGUCGACCGGGUCGGUCUGCGGGCGUGGUUGGCUCUGGCCCUGGCGGCGGCCGGGCCUCCCAGAUCCCCGGCCCCUCCCGCCGGCCAGGCCCCCGGGCCGCCGCCCCGGACACCGAUGGAACGCGGAGGAGGAAGGGGGAGCCAGGCGACUGACCGGCGACAUGAGCCGCCUCACCCUCGGCUCGGCCGACCCGCGCCCCCCGCUCCGUCUGGGGCCGUCUGGGGCUCCCCGCCCCUCACUCACCCCCCCGGUCCGGCGCCUCCUCCACCUCCUCCACCUCCUCCUCCUCCUCCUCCCUCCUCUCGGCCGUGGCUCCUGCUCCGGCUCUGCGCGGCGACAGCAGCGGCGGCGGCGGCGGCCUCGGGAGCGGCGGCGGCACCUCCUCCAGAACGCGCACGCACGCACCACGCAGGCCCCGCCCCCUGGUUCUGCCCCGCCCCUCCAAGUUGGCGACGGCUGGGCUUCGGCCCCGCCUUCCCCACGGCGUUCCGGAGUCCGCUUAAAGGAGCCGCGCACACUGGAGCCGGGAAAGCCUGGAACUACCGGGAAGGGGCGGGGAGUUUUAGCUUUGCAUGGGGCGGGAUGGGAGGUGGGUAAGACCGGAAAAAAAAAUGAGGAAGGGUCCAAAGGUUCAAGAAGAGAAUUUGGAGGGAACACAACCAUUCGACAAGCCCUAAUUGAGCACCUGUUAGGUUCCAGGCGCUGUUCUAACUAAGCGCAGAGGGAUAAAGUCAUAGACAGGCAAAGACCCUCUUGCAGCUUGCAUGCUAGUGGAGUGGGAGAGGGGAGACAGACAACAAACAAGUGACAAAAAUUGCAGGUAGUGAUAAGUGGUGUGGAGAAAAAUAAAGCAGGGGAUAGGGUGACUUUACACCUGGUGAGAUACUGCCUCUCAAAGAAGACCUUUGAGCGCGUACACACGGGAUGAAGGAAUAAGUCUUGCAAACACGCGGGCCGGGAGGAGGAAUAGCCUUUCCAGGCUGAGAGAAAAUCAACCAUAAACCCAGAGGUGGGGAUACGCCUGCCAUGUUGCAGAAACAGUGAAAGGCCGGCAUGGCUGAGCAGCGUCAGCCAGCCCGAGAGCAGUACCAGCUAGGCUCGGAGAGGUGGGCCAGUGGCCAGAUCCAGUGAAGCCUGUGGGCCAUUAUAACAGGAACUGGAAACCGUGAGAGAAGGGUGAGCCGAGGAAUGACCGCAUCUGAUUCACAUUGUUAAAAGUUAGUCCUGCUGAUGUGUGUAAAAUACACAAUGGGGAAGCACAGAUGUCCUUGGGAUACCAGUAAGGUAGCUUGGACUAACUAGCCUGGCAGCCACGGACAGGAUGAGAAGAAGGCUAUUUUAUUUUAUUUAGAUACAUUUUGAUUGGAAUGGAUUUGGAUUUGGGGCAUAGUGCGUGAAAGAACAAAAAGAAAUCAAGAGUUGAUUCUUAGGUUCGGGCCUGAUGACUGAGUUAAUGGCGGUGCCACUUAAUGAAAUGGAGGAGCAGAUUUGGGGAUGGGGAAAUCAAGAGUCUUUUCUUACACAUGUUAUGUUUAAGGUGCCUGUUAUACAUCCAAAUGGAGAUAUUGAAUAAACAAUUGAUAUAUGAGUCUAGAGAGAUACAUUUGGGAUUCAUUAGCACAUAGAUACUUUUUAAGUCUUAAGUCUAGUUAGGAUCACAUAGGGAGGGGAGAUAGCUGAAGGAAAGGACCAAGAGGCACUCCAACACUUGAAGGUUAAGUAGAAAAGGAGGAGCUACCAGUCAGGGCAGGAGAAACACCAAGAGAAGGUGAAGCGUUGGAAAACAAGAUAAUUGUUUCAGGAAGGAGGCAGUGAAGAGUCUUAUCAGAUACUGCUGAAAUUAGUAAGAUAAGGACUGAGAAUUUGAACACUGGAUGUGGCCUGAUGAAGUUGCUGAUGACCUUGAUGAAAACAGUUUCAGUGGAGUCAUAGGGGAGAAAGUCUGAUUAGGGUAUGUUAAUAGGAUGGGAGGUGAGGAAGAGAAAGUGUUCUAAACAGCUCUUGAGAGGCUUUGCUGUGAAGGAGAGAAGGGCAGUAGCCAGAGAGGUACUUGAGAUCAAGGGAGGGUAUUUUAAGAUGAGAAAUGCUUUUUCUCAUUUUAGUAUGCUGGAAUGAUUUUUAUUUUUUUGAGGCGGAGUCUUGCUCUGUUGCCAGGCUGGAGUGCGGUGGUGUGAUCUCGGCUCACUGCAACCUCUAACUCCCUGGUUCAAGCGAUUCUCCUGUCUCAGCCUCCAAAGCAGCUGGGAUUACAGUCAUGUGCCACCACGCCCGACUAAUUUUGUGUUUUUAUUAGAGACAGGGCUUCUCCACGUUGGCCAGGCUGGUCCCGAACUCUUGACCUCAGGUGAUCCACCCGCCUCGGCCUCCCAAAGUGUUGGGAUUACAGAUGUGAGCCACCGCGCCCAGCCGGAAUGAUUCUUUAGAGAGGUAAAAUUGGGCCGGGCGCGGUGGCUCACACCUGUAAUCCCAGCACUUUGGAAGGCCAAGGCGGGUGGAUCACGAGAUCAGGAGAUUGAGACCCUCCUGGCUAACACGGUGAAACCCCAUCUCUACUAAAAA